AUGCUUCCAUCAAAUUCAAUGGACGUCGAACAUGAAAUCAUCCCAUAUUGUAACGGUGAGCAAGUUGCGCUAGAUUUCACCGAUCAGCUUCCUUCCGGCUUUCGAUUCAAUCCCACAGAUUCAGAGCUCAUCGUAGACUACUUGAAGGCCAAGAUCGAAUCAAGAGAGAUCCCCAAGCAGUGCCGGUUACAUGAGGUCAAUGUUUACAAAUACAAGCCUGGAGAACUCACAGAACGAUAUCGCUCCCAUGAGAAUGAAUGGUAUUUUCUGACUUUGAGAGAUACAAAGGACCGUAGAGGGAAUCAACGUUAUAGAACAGUAAUUGGAAAACGAGGGUUGUGGAGGAUUACCCGAAGACAUAAGCCGGUGUAUGACGCCACUAGACAAAUAGUCGGCUACAAGGGAACUCUUGCGUUUAUUGGGAAUGCGCGCAAAACUAUGUGGUUAAUGCAUGAAUAUACAACCAACGCACCCAAUGAUCACCCGUCUGAAAAUGGAGACAAGUUGAACGAAUGGGUGUUGUGCAAGAUUUACAUGGAGCAAACUGCUAACAGUCAUGGGGCGGAAGAAGUUGGAAGCAUUAUGAAUCCAAAUGAGGUGACCGAAGAACCCAACGUAACACCUGACAUACUUUUGCCCAAGAGACGACGAGUACCAGAUACAUGUGAAAUCAAAGUUUCAAACCGCCCUGAACAAGUUGACGUUCAAGAAGCUAAUGACCAUUUGGAUACCCAUUUUCAAAUGGCAGCACCUGUCGAAAUUCCAGAAUCAUCCAACGAAUUCAAAACGAAUCGGAUGGAGUUUGCUCACACGUUGGUUAACCAGGGUGUUUUUUAUAACAAUGACUCCAGCCCUUAUCCUAUUCCAAUGCAACCGACGACUACUUUGCAAGGUUGGGGUUUAAUAAAAGCACCCUCUUCCUAUCAGGAUCAGUUUACUUCGGAUGCAUACAACGGUUAUCAAAUUUCUGAUUGUGCUACGAGUUCUGUUUCCGUCGAAUCGCCUGCUUCUUCCUCCGCACAACUACUUGAUGAUGGUGCCUACACAACGCCUACUACUGAGCAUGGUUUGAAUUCGAUACAACCAGUGCAAAAAGAGUGUUAUCAUAAUAUGUUUUCAUCGACUGCAUGCGACAGUGAUUUUCUGUGUUCAAAUGGUGCUUUGAAUUCUUCUUCUAUGGAACCACUUGUGUACGGUGGUUACACAACCACCCCGGUUUUGUCUGGAAAUUCGAAUGAAGAUGGUCCAACCUUACUCAACGUGCAAAUUGUUGGGGAUCAAUCCACUCAAGAUGAUGCUGAUGACGAUUCUCAUUUUCCUCGGUCAAAUGGUUACGAGGCAACCAUAUCCGACCAUGUUGAAGUUGAAUGGAGCUUGCGCAAUUUGAAGAUUGUUUAG